AUGGCACAGAAAGUGAAGAAGGAAGCUUCUGCUCCUCCCAAAGCUGAAGCCAAAACAAAGGCAAAGAAAGCAGCGCUGAAAGGCACCCACAGUCACAAAGAAAGAAGAUCCGCUUCUGAGGCCAAAGACACUUCAGCUCUGAAGGCAGCCCAGAUAUCCUGGGAAAAGCGCCCCAGGAUAUACAAGCUAGAUCACUAUGCCAUCAUCAAGGUCCCCUGGCUAACAGAUGUCAAGGCCAACAAGCACUGGGUCAAACGGGCUGUGAAGAAGCUCUAUGACAUCGACACAGCCAAGGUCAAUGCCCUGAUCAGGCCUGAUGGAGAGAAGAAGGCCUAUGUUCAACUGGCUCCCAACUACGAGCUUUGGAUGUUGCCAACACAAUUGGGAGCAUCUAAUCUGAGUGUAGCUGGCUAA